AUGUGUCAACCAAGUGGAAACAAGAACACGCAGAUCAAGAUGGCAUCGUCCAUGAGUGGGAUGUUUCCCGGUCAGCAGCCGCCCAGUGCGCAUCCCGUGGGGGGUCCCGGUGGACCCGGGCAGUCGGGCUUUCCCGGUACCACUCCCAGGGCUCAGGGAAACAACACGCUGGUGGAUGAACUGGAGGCUUCUUUCGAGGCAUGUUUUGCAUCCCUGGUAAGCCAAGACUAUGUUAAUGGAACAGACCAGGAGGAGAUUCGAACUGGUGUCGACCAGUGCAUACAAAAGUUUCUGGACGUGGCUCGACAGACAGAGUGCUUCUUCCUUCAGAAAAGGCUUCAGUUAUCUGUGCAGAAACCAGAGCAGGUGGUGAAAGAGGAUGUGUCAGAGUUACGUAAUGAGCUACAGAGGAAAGAAUUGCUGGUUCAGAAGCACUUGUCCAAAUUGCACCACUGGCAACAAGUGCUCGAGGAUGUGAGCGUUCAACAUCGCAAACCCACAGACCUUCCUCCUCCUGGACCACUGGCCUUCCUGGAGCAGGCCUCUGCUAGUCUGCCCCCUGCCACUUUAAAACCAAACUAACACACAAGCGCUGCAGGAAAGUACACACCAUGUAUGUCAUGUGCUGCCCAUUAUAAACCUGUGAGGAAACUGGAGAACAGUUUGGAGUCGAGGAAAAUCCUUCACACAGAUUGUUUUGAUUAAUGUAAAUAUUUCUGCUCGUGACUGUUUUUUUUUACUGUAAAGUUAAAAUAAAAUUUGUGUGUAUUUUGAAUCUGGA